UAUUUUAAAAAAUCUAUUGUAGUAAUACUUAAAAAACUAAAUAAAAAUAAUUAUAUAGUACUUAAUAUAUAUAAACCGAUCGCCCUCUUAAAUAUAAUAAAUAAAGUUAUAAAUACUAUUAUAAUAAAGAAAAUAAUUAAUAGAGAGGUAUAUAGAAUUUAUAUAAAAAUAUAUACUAAUUAUAGCUAG